AAUGGCUUUGCACCUGGGUUGGCCCUUGGCCUCCUAGGAUCACGGCCACCCCUUGUGAUCCCCAGGGAGCGUCCAGAGCAUGGAUCCCUCCUGACUGUGCCACCCUUGGUUCAAUGUUACUCACAGUGAAGCUUCUCCUGGGUCGGCGAUGCAGUGUGAAGGUGUCGGGGCAAGAGAGUGUGGCCGCACUGAAGAAGCUGGUGUCACAGCAGCUACAGGUGCCUGAGGAGCAGCAGCACCUGCUGUUUCGUGGCCAGCUCCUGGCAGAUGACAAGUGCCUCUCGGAUUACUGCAUUGGGCCCAAUGCCUCCAUCAACGUCAUUGUGCGGCCCCUGGAGAAGAUAGAGCUGGAGAACGCUCACCUGCCCCAGCCCCAGCCCCUGUGGCAGCAGCUGGACCGGGUCCUGGCCAGACACUUUGGGCUGCAGGAUGCCAAGGCUGUGCUGCAGCUGCUGAGACAAGAGCAUGAGGGGCGCCUGCAGAGGGUAAGCCUACAGGACCUGGAGCAGCUGGCACAGUCCCUCUUGGCAGAGCAAUGGUGUGCAGAGAUGGCCAGAGAGCAGAGCCUGAGGUCAUGGCCCCAGGGCUCAUGCGAUACCCAGGAGCAGAAGGAGAAAGAGAAAGAAGAGAAGCAGGUGGAGACAGCUGAGAAGGCAGAGGAGGAGUCUGCCAACCUGUAAACUGGACCAUCCUACUCACUAGCUAAAAUUCUCCCAGCUUCUACUUUACAAGUUCCCUGAUGACUUUACACACUACUGCCUCCUAAUGUAGAUGCAUCCACA